CCGGCGGAAGUAAACAACGCAAGCACGUGCGACGUCAGCGGCUCGCAAGUGUGGAGUUAGAGGGGAAACGAUGUUGUUGUCGUCGCGGAGGUAAAACAACAAUGUCGUCAGUUGAGAACAUGAGAACGUUUUUCCUCGAGCGGCUGACUGCUGCUGCAGAAGAAAUAUUCGGAGUUUUUGAAAAAACUAUCUUCGAGUACCAGGAAGAGGUCGACCGUCAGGGCAGACUGCUGGACAUCGUUAGGAAACCUGUAAUAAAGUUACACAGGACAGAGGUCCCAGAGGUCCCAGAACAACAUGUCUGUAAGAAGAAGGAGGAGGAGGAGGUUCUCUGUGAGCAGCAGCUCUGUAUUCAGGAGAGGAGCUCCAGUCUGGACCAAGAGGACCCAGAGCCUCCACAGAUUAAAGAGGAACAGGAGGAACUCUGCACCAGUCAGGAGGGAGAGCAGCUUGAGCUGAAGCAGGAGACUGAGACCUUCAUGUUGACUCCUACUUGUGAGGAAACAGACCACAGUGAACCAGAACCCACACGUGACCACCAGCUCCUCUCUUACUUCUCUCGUGUAGCUGAGAGCCCAGAUCAGAAAGGAAGUGAGCAUGAAGACUCUGAAUCAACCAGAAAUGCAGGGCCACAACCAAAGAAAAGACAUCCCAGUCACUGUGACGAUGAGAACUUGUUAAAGAUUCACAAUAAUACUCAAACAGGAAGAUUCCACUCUGGGGAGAAGCCAUAACUCUGCAAGACCUGCAGGAGAACCCUUUGAGGCUACUCCAUUGACGAGGCAUAUAAGAUCACAUACAGACAAUUUCUAUCUGCAAAAUACAUAAAAGAUGGUUGAGUUCAGUUUUUUUCUACCUCAUUUAAUACUUUCAUGUAUUUUGUAAUUGCAUCAACUUGAUACAAUUGUUGUUGUUUUAGAUUUUAGAGGUGGCCCACAAACAAAUUGUAGGUGGUGUGCAACAUGAUGAAUAUCAGAUUCACGCUGAGGUCUAAAGCUUUAAGUAUAUUCUGUUCAUCAAGGCUGCACAUGUCUCACUGACAUCAAGAGUAAAAGUAGUCCGUGAAGAACUGUUAAGUUAUACCAUGCAAAAGGUGUUUUAAUGUUGGAGCUCACCGACUUGAUUGUUAAUUUAUGAUUCAAUACCGUAGCUGAUAGUUUGAUCAGUGGGGCGGCCUCAUGUUGAACAAGCUGUGGUGGAAUGUAACUGCAUGUACUCAAAUACUGUAAUGAUGUACAACUUUGUCCUCAGAUGGCUAAGAUUUCAUUUAAAUUCCUCAUAAAAUCUUGAACAUAAAAAUGUUUAAAUACAUUUGAGGUAUUUGUACUUUGACUCUUUCUACUUUACUAUAUUUUACAGGCAAAUACUGUACUUUUUAAGCCACUACCUUUUAUUUCACCGCUGUUGUUACUUUGCUGAGUAAGCUUUUUACAAACAAAAAAUGAUAGUGCCUUCAAUGUGAUUUCUUGUUAAGCUAUGCAUCAGUGUGUGUGAACCUGGUAAAAAAUGAAAUAUCUCCACCUCCACAGACCCACUCUUGUAGCUAUAGGCCCAUAGCUUUGACUUUUCUCUUAUGGUGGAUGGUGAGGGUUAUAGACUUGCAUCUUUUCUUUUUGAUAAAACACAGAGCUGGUGGGUAGGACAUAAGAAAUACGGUGAAAAUAUGUGAUAUUUCCAACUUGUGUACAGCAGGCAGCAGCAUGCGCCUACUUGCAGUUUGAUAUCUGGAGUAUUAAAAACAAAACAAUUACCACCAGCUCCUCUCUCUCAACUCUCAUGAAGCCGAGAGCAAAGAUUAGAAUUCCAAUUACACAUUUCAGGUCAAUGUGAUUGAGUCUGUAUCGUCAUAUAAAUACUUUGGAUUCUUAAUUGAUGAUUCUCUCUCUUUUAAACCUCACAUUCAGCAACUUGUGAAGAAGUUGAAGCUGAGGCUGGGUUUCUAUUUCAGAAAUAAGUCUUGCUUUUCUUUUGAUGCUAAAAAGAGACUUGUUGCUGCUACUUUUAUGUCUGUGAUGGAUUAUGGUGAUGUUUUAUAUAUGCAUGCAUCAUCUCAAUGUCUUCACUCCUUAGAUAGUGUCUACCAUGGAGCAUUGAGGUUCAUAACCAAUCUUAAGGCUCUUACUCACCAUUGCUCCCUGUAGGGUUGGUUGGACUGCAUUGUCCAUCCGUAGACUGAAUCAUUGGCAUGUCCUUAUUCACAAGGCAAUUCUUAACGUAUUUCCAGCUUAUCUAUGUACGUUAAUUCAUCAGAAAAAUGCUGGAAGCUACCGUCUUCGCUCUGUGACACAUGCGCAAGGCCUCCUCUUGCUAUCUGUCCCUAACGUCCGUCUGGAAAUGGGAAAAAGGGCUUUUAGGUUUGCUGCUCCUGCGGCUUGGAAUCAGACUGAUUUGGGUCUACGGGAGCCCGGUCUCUUUAGGUGGUUUUAAAAAGAGUUGGAGGAAGGUUCAUCUGGUUGUAGAUGUUUUUCUGACUUUGGUAUGGGCACCUGUGUAAACUGGGAUGUGAUGACUUGAGUCUUAGUUUUGGUUUUACUCAU